AUGGCCGACCGCUUCAUCCCAGAACAUAGACGAACAAACUUCAAGGCCAAGGGCACUUUCAAGCCUGAGGAGCUUCGUCGUCGUCGUGAAGAGCAGCAAGUCGAGAUCCGCAAGCAAAAACGCGAGGAGAACCUUGCCAAGAGACGAAAUCUCCAGAUCACAAGCCCUACACCACACUCUGGCCUUGCUGGUGUCGAUAGUGAUGAUGAGAGCGCUAAUACCGAAUCUCAACUUACCGAGGAUCUCCCUUCCAUGAUCCAAGGUGUCUUUUCCGACUCUAUCGACCAACAAAUCCUAGCCACCACCAAAUUCCGAAAGCUGCUCUCCAAGGAAAGAAACCCACCAAUCGAAAAAGUUAUCGAGUGUGGUGUCGUUGUUCGCUUCGUUGAAUUCCUUCGAUCUCCUCAUACUUUGGUUCAAUUCGAAGCCGCCUGGGCUCUUACUAAUAUCGCCUCUGGUUCCGCCGCUCAAACUCAAGUAGUUAUCAACGCCGGUGCCGUGCCUAUAUUUGUUGAGCUUUUGAGCAGCCACGAACCCGAUGUUAGAGAACAAGCUGUUUGGGCUCUUGGUAACAUUGCUGGUGAUAGCCCUCAAUGCCGAGACUAUGUCUUGAGUGCUGGUGCCCUCCGCCCGCUUCUCCAACUUCUUGGGGACAGCCGCAAGUUGAGCAUGCUCCGUAAUGCUACUUGGACUCUUAGCAACUUCUGCCGUGGAAAGACUCCACAACCUGAUUGGCAAACCAUACUUCCUGCCCUCCCAGUAUUGGCCAAAUUGGUUUACAGCUUAGAUGAUGAGGUCUUGAUUGAUGCCUGCUGGGCUAUCAGUUAUUUAUCCGACGGCUCCAAUGAUAAGAUCCAGGCCGUGAUCGAAGCGGGUAUCCCACGUCGUCUCGUUGAGCUUCUCAUGCACAACUCUACUAGCGUUCAGACACCAGCUCUUCGAUCUGUCGGAAACAUCGUCACAGGAGAUGACGUUCAGACCCAAGUUAUAAUAAACUGCGGGGCUCUCCCGGCACUCCUAUCCCUGCUUAGCAGUACAAAGGAUGGCAUUCGUAAGGAAGCUUGUUGGACUAUCUCGAACAUUACUGCUGGCAACUCUUCACAGAUCCAAGCAGUCAUUGAUGGAAACUUGAUCCCCCCACUGAUCAACCUGCUCAGCAACGGCGAUUUCAAGACAAGAAAGGAAGCUUGCUGGGCUAUCUCCAAUGCUACUAGUGGCGGUCUGCAGAAGCCUGAUCAGAUUCGUUACUUGGUCGCCCAGGGCGCUAUCCGUCCAUUGUGUGACCUUCUCUCUUGCAUGGACAAUAAGAUCAUUCAGGUUGCCCUCGAUGGCCUUGAGAAUAUCUUGAAGGUUGGCGAGAUGGACAAGGAGACUAGCGGCGAAGGCAUCAACAAGUACGCCUUGUUUAUUGAAGAAGCCGGUGGAAUGGAGAAGAUUCAUAACGCCCAAAACAACGCCAACGAGGAAAUCUACAUGAAGGCAUAUAACAUCAUUGAGAAGUACUUUGGCGACGAGGAAGACGAAGGAGAUGUUCAAGGACUUGCUCCCCAGCAGACUACCGAGGGCAAUACUUUCAGCUUCGGCGCCCAGCCCGCCCAGGGAGGAUUCAGCUUCGCCAACCAGGGUGAUACUAUGGACAUGUAA